GGCAGGGCCGGGGAAAGUCGCGUUACAUCCCGGAGAAAGGGGCCGGCCUGGGCCUGACCUUGCGGGGGAGGGAGGGGGGCUGUUGACCCCUGACCUCUGACCGCGGGGCUCAGUGAUCCCCGAGGAGCGCGGCGGGUGAGGGGUCCCCGCACAGGGCCCGGGGAGGGGGUGUCAGCUCUGAGGCUUGGGACGUGCCCCCCCCGCCCCACGGUGCAUUGGCUGGGGAGCAAGUCACUGACUCCCGCCCCAAAUACUGGGGACUCGGUGCUCACUUGCGGCACGAUGGAUCCGCUCAGGGCUCAGCAGUUGGCAGCCGAGCUGGAGGUGGAGAUGAUGGCUGACAUGUACAACAGAAUGACCAAUGCCUGUCACCGGAAGUGCGUCCCUCCCCACUACAAGGAGGCAGAGCUCUCGAAGGGGGAGUCUGUGUGCCUGGACCGUUGCGUCUCCAAGUACCUGGACAUCCACGAGCGCAUGGGCAAGAAACUGACAGAGCUUUCCAUGCAGGACGAGGAGCUGAUGAAGAGGAUGCAGCAGGGGGCGGGGCCAGUGUAGGGACUUCCUCUUGAACGUGGACAGCAUGCAUGUAUGGCCCAGUGGCCCCACCAUUGCCUUCCGGACUCAACCCUGUGCCCCCUCCCCCCCCAUCAAUAAAACCUCUGCAGUAUGAGCUAGGCCUUUGCCUGCAAGGACAUUUCAAAGAGCUUGGGCUGGGAUACACCAAUGGGAUGUUCCGCUUCCCCCUCCCACACCCGCCUUGCUCCAUCCCCGCGUGGAUAGGAUCCCAGUUCUGCCCUGCCCAGCUGACCCUCCCAUUUAGCCGGCCAGUCUAAGUCCUUUUACCAUGUCAUGGGAGGAAAGGGUUAAUCAAAGUCAGUUCCUACAGGGGGAGCAGUUCUGCAGGAGGCCAGGUUGGAUUCUGGCUACUUUUUCUCCUGCUAGUACCCCAGUGUAGCUCUAGGGGGCGCUGUGGUGCUGGGGCAGGGGCAUAUUUUCCUGGUGCACUGUAAAGCUCAGCUUCUCUUCUGCUGUGCACACUAAAUUCCCUUGGCACUUUCACUGGGAUCGGUGUGUGACUGGCAGGAUCCUGAUCAAUUUUGGAUAACCUCCCCUCCCCUCCAGUUAUCCUUUCACUUCCUGUCCCAAACUCCUAGUGGAGGGAUGUCACUCUUCCUCUUUAAUCACCCCCCACCCUAGACGUGGCUGCAGAUCCAUGCAUGCCUGUGUGAAGAGCGUCUCUUAUUUCAAUCAACUCAUCCUGGCAAGCACAGGUGGCUGAUGGUGCAUUGUGUGCCCACCAGGGGGCAUGCUGCUCCCUGCAGAGCACGUGGCCCUUAACCGCUCCUGGCUGUGGUACAUGUUUAACAAUCCAGGUUCUUAAUUGAGUUGUUUCCCUGCCUUUGUCUCAUUCAGAGUGCUGACCGCAGGUUAAUUACAUGGCAGCUCUGUUGUGCCAGAGGCUGAAUUCUCCCCUCCCAGCUACUUAGAGAUCAGAAUUGGAUUAAAAGGCACCAGCUGGGAGUUAUUUUUAA